UACACUAAACACAAAUCCUUUCUCCCUAAAAAUCAAAUAUGCCUCUAGUCUUCAACAGCACUCAACACUCCCAGCCGCAGCCGCAGUCAUCACACGAUUCAUCCUCCUCCGCCGGCAGCGCCGCCACGUCAUCGUCGGGGAGUCAGCAGCACCACCAGCUAGCGGCGGAGGUGCCGAAAAAGAGGACGGGGAGGAGGGUUUUCAGGGAGACGCGCCACCCGGUCUACAGAGGCGUGAGGAGCCGGAAAGGCGACAAGUGGGUCUGCGAGCUUCGCGAGCCCAACACCGGGACACGUGUCUGGCUCGGAACCUACCCGGACCCGGAAAUGGCGGCCCGGGCCCAUGACGUGGCGGCACUGGCGUUCCGCGGGAAGUCGGCCUGCCUCAACUUCGCCGACUCCGCCUGGCGACUUCCCAUCCCGGCUUCCACCGAGGCUGAUGACGUCAGGAGGGCGGCGGCCGAGGCCGCCGAGAUGUUUCGCCCCGGCGGCGGCAGCGAGACGGAGGCCGCGGACGAGCAGGAACAUGUUGACAACGGUGGUGAUAGCUAUAGAAAUGAUGUGGUGUUUUACGUGGAGGCUGAGGAGGAGCUGGAGAUGCCGAGGUUGCUGUCGGAGAUGGCGGAAGGGCUGCUGCUGUCUCCGCCGCCGUGCUAUGGAGGCGGAUGGAGCUACGUGGAGGAGAGGUCCGGUGGUGAUAAUAACAUUGCUGCUGAAUAUGAUUGGUCGCUGUGGAGUUAGUAAUUGCUGUACUAGUUAUAUACUUGAGUUGUCCCAAAAAAAAAAAAAGUUACUGUAGUACUCGUGAAAUUUUAAAGCAGUGGAGUGAGAAUGUGAGAUGACGAGCGUCGUACGUCCUUGUUUGCUGAAGCAUUCUGCACCAAGUUGUAAGGGGAAUAGUCUUGGUGUUCUUUUCUCUCGUUUUUCAAUUUGGUUGUCGUUUUAGGAUUCUCGUCCAAUGUUUAUUGGGACGAGGGAGGGGAAAGGGACUGGUCUUGUGUGCCUAUAAAUAUCUUUUAUUUGU